AUGGCGCCCACUUUUGUCGACGACCAUAUAACACCAAGAAAGCUUACCAAUCUCGAGAUAUGGCACGCGUGGGAGCACUUUGACCAGCUGCCCAAAGACGUCUUGUAUGGCCUCAAUGACUUCCAGACGCCAAGCAUGUACCCUCCUCUUCGACUGACGUACUACCGUACCGCCCCAGCAGUCUCUGCCGACCUGCACAGUCUCCGUCUCAGCAAGAUGGCGAUCUGGGAGUUCUUUGAGCGACUCAAAAACCCUUUCGGAGAUGACCCUACAAUGGGCGGAAUGAUGUUUCGCAUGAGCUUCCAGGGAGUCAAGUACGGAGAGAGCAACAACCUCAAAGCUCAGCUGGACAAAGUCGAGGCGAAGCGAGAGGGCGCGAACAAACUCUAUCGACAAGGCAAAUUCCAAGAUGCCAUGGAAGAAUACACCAAAGCCUGGAAAGACGUCCUCCCGCACUAUAUUGAAUCCCUCUCCGAGACCGAUACUCAGCGCCCCCGUCUAGGCUACUUUGAGGCCGUGCUCUUCGCCAACAUGGCUGCUACCUGCAUAGCACUUGCCAAGGCCUCCAAAACAGUCAAGCAAGAGAAGGGGUAUUUGAGGAUGGCUUUCCAGUGCGCGUGGGUGACUUGGGAGAUGCGAGAUUUCGCGGCUGCCAUCACCGUCCGAAAUGCCACCCUGCGUUUCAGCGACGUUCUUCGCCGACUAUACCAAAACUCAAAAAGUCCCUACCAGGAUCGGCAUUUCGAGCAGAUGGCGGCCUACUUUUCCGGCCAAGCUGAAGCUCUCGAGGGCGUCAACAAGGAGCAGCUCUUCAAAGAUGUCGAGGAAUCAAAGCGACUGACUCCUCCCCCCAUCGAAGCGCUUCAAGCUUUCGGUCCUCGCGCAUGGGCUCAAAGAUGGAUCAAGCACCUUCCUGGUACGUCCUCGCCAUAUAUACUUCCACCGCCUCCCGUUUCUACUCUGGAAGAGCGCAAGAAGCCGCGCGACCUCACGCCCUUUGAGCUUUGGGCAGCGUGGGAUGAGAUGCCCGAGGAGCACCGCGAAGAUCUCAACGAAACCAAAAUGCCGCUCUACCAUCUCCAAACCCGCCUCACACAUUCCCUCACAACCCCCGCCGAGCGUACCGCCCUGCACUACCUCCGCCAAGCCAAAUUCCACGUCUUCCGAACCGUUAUGUCUACCGCCGCAGGCGAUUCGGAAUUUGACGCGAUAGUCAAGAUGAUCAAGGACAAGCCGGUGGAUCAGCCUUCUUUGGAGCACAAGCUGGCGGAGGCGGAGAUGAAGAAGGCGCAGGCAAACAAACUGUAUAGGAAGAAAGAGUUUCCGAAUGCGUUUGCAGAAUACUUUUUCGCCUGGAGUGUCGUGCUUCCGUACCACACCGACGCUCUGCCCGCCGGCGAUCCUCUUCGCAUCCGACUCGGCAAAUUCGAAAGUGCUCUAUGGUGUAACCUUGCCGCAACAUUCAUUGCCGUGAGCAAAGACCCGCUCGAGGAAGAGGCGAAGGAAGGGUUCAGAGAUCUCGCUUGCAAGUGUGCUUGGGCUAGUUUUGCGGAGCGAAAGUACGCCACCGUCAAUUCCGUCAAACACGCUUGUCUUCGCGCAAGAGAUACAUUCUUCGACCAAUCCUCCCAAUCCGGCCCUUCCUUCGUCAUGACCGGCCAACAACCCGACGCCUCCGAACCCGGCACCAUCACCAAAUUCUUCUCCCGCCAAGCUGAAAAGCUCGAAGGUCUUCCGAAAGAUAUGUUGUUUGCAGACGUCGAGGCUAGUAGGAAGGUGAAGCUGCCGGAUGCGGAGGUGUGGGACAAGUAUGGGCCGCAGAUGUGGUUGAUGGCGAUCAAUACGAAGGAGAUGGCGAGCAAGCCUUUCACGUAUUUGUGA